AUGCAGCACGAGACCAAUGAUGUCAGGGACAGGGCCGCCGUCGCAUAUCUCGAGCAGCUCUUGGUAGAUACCCAAGGGAGAGAUACUGCCGACACAUGGUAUUGCAUAGCGGCAUGCACAUUUGCUGCUUGCAACCAGGCCAAGUAUGUAGCCGAUGUAUAUCGCAUUGCAAUCAAGCCUCACCCAUCGGACAUCAAGUACCAACAGCAUGUUCUCAAGAGGAUCAAAGAGGCUCUACUUAAAACCAGCGUCAUCUAUGGGAUUCCCAGAGUGAUCAAUGCAUUCCGGGCACUGAUCACGGCUAUCCCUACGCCAGAAGCCAAUGAGACUUCCUCCAUGCGCAGCCACAUAAAAGUUCCGGCCGAGUUGGAUGAGAGAGGGCUGACUUAUAUGCGCAAUAUCUUUCGGGCAGACCUAGACCCUUUCCUCGAGACCAUGGACAACUACUGGCCAGACCUUCGCACGCUCGUCGUGACAACCAUCUACGGCUACUACCAGUCUGAUGUGAGCAUCUUGGGCCCCAUCAUAACAAGCCAGCUCAACAUUGCCACCCUGAUGACCAUGGAUGUCACUGCCGAAGUAGCUUGGCAUAUGCGCGGUCUGAUCAGGAAUGGGGGAACGCGGGAGCGGAUCGACUAUGCAUUCGACAUGGCUACGAGGAUAUGUGAGAUCUGCGACUUGCGACUCAAGAACACCAUGCCCAAGCCGGAGGAUGUGAUCAAUCAGGAAAGACUCUUUGUACCAGACAAGCCUUUGCGGGCCAAGAUAUGA